AAUUCAAGGAGAAUCAGUGAAGAAAAAAAAGAAAAAAUGAAAAACUCAAGUCGCAACGUGGACUGGAGUCCGACCCGGAUCGGGUUUCAAUAUCGGUCCACUUGAGUCUUCCUCCCUCUUUCCCGAAUUCAGACAUAGGCGCCCUCGAAACCGGAGAAGCAGAAAUCAAAACCCAUAGAAACAGAUGGAUGAAGAUAAUGGAAACAGCAACAACAAUAGCAAUAGUAGUAUAACAGUGGAUACAGCAAAAUGGGACAGAUCAGUGUGGUUGAUGAAGUGCCCUUUAAUUGUCUCAAAAUCAUGGCAAUCUCAAUCUUCAUCCUCAUCGGAUUCACCACAAGUGGGUAAAGUAAUAGUGUCAGUUGAUCCUCUUCGUUCCGAUGACUCUUCUGCUCUACAAUUCACUAUGGAGAUGGGUGGAAACAACGUCGGGAAUAUGCCGAAAAGUUACUCCUUGAAUAUGUUCCAAGACUUUGUUCCAAUGUGUGUGCUCUCAGAGACAGAUCAAGGAAGAGUUACCAUGGAAGGAAAGGUUGAACAUAAGUUUGAUAUGACACCUCACACUCGUAACAUGGAGGAGUACAGGAAAAUGUGUCGUGAAAGGACAAAUAAGUCAAUGAUCAAGAACAGACAAAUACAGGUCAUUGAUAAUGAUCGUGGAGUCAAUAUGAGGCCCAUGCCUGGGAUGCUCGGCAUGAUUGCGUCCAGUUCUAAGGCAGCAUCUACUGCAUAUAUUUAUUCCCCGUUUUUGAAGGUUUUCAUGUGUUCGAAACGCUUCUUUGGCCACCAACCAGGUAAAGCAAUUAACUUUGGGAAAACAACACAAACUACCCAUUUCAAGCAAACUAAAGGGCAGCCCGGUGCACUAAGCUCCCGCUAUGCGCGGGGUCCGGGGAGGGCCGGACCACAAGGGUCUAUUGUACGCAGCCUUACCUUGCAUUUCUGCAAGUGGCUGUUUCCACGGCUCGAACCCGUGACCUCCUGGUCACAUGGCAGCAACUUUGCCAGUUACCCAUUUAAAGCAAACUAUUUACCCGAAAUACCUACAAAGUCAAAGAAUUUACCCGAAAUACCCAUCUCAAAUGUUCCUUUUCUCUUUCCACUGUGUCAGCCGUUUUUGUCCUUAGCUAUAACCUUAAUUAGCUGUAAAGUGUAGCAACUGUACUUGUUU